UUGGUCGCUGGCGGGACCGGGAGCUCCCCCUUCCCCUGUCUCCGGGUCUCUUGAGGAGCCCAGGAAGGAGGCUCGGCUGGUGCCGCCGGGUCAGGGCUUUGCCGGGACGGUCUGCUGCAAUCGUUAGCGGGCCAUGUCGGCUGCCCAGGGCUGGGACAGGAACCGUCGGCGGGGAGGAGGAGCGGCCGGUGGGGGCGGCGGAUCAAGCGGGACCGGGGCCGGCGGGGGUCGGGGCACUGGCCAGCUCAACCGCUUCGUGCAGCUCUCCGGGCGGCCGCACCUGCCAGGUAAGAAGAAAAUACGAUGGGACCCAGUUAGGAGGCGCUUCAUUCAGUCCUGUCCCAUCAUAAGGAUCCCUAACAGGUUUUUGAGAGGCCACAGACCUCCCCCAGCCCGCAGUGGACAUCGUUGUGUGGCAGAUAAUACCAAUCUGUAUGUGUUUGGAGGUUAUAACCCAGACUAUGAUGAAUCAGGAGGGCCAGAUAAUGAAGAUUAUCCUCUAUUCAGGGAGCUUUGGAGGUAUCAUUUUGCAACAGGCGUAUGGCACCAGAUGGGCACAGAUGGCUACAUGCCCCGGGAAUUGGCAUCUAUGUCACUUGUGCUGCAUGGAAACAACCUGUUAGUGUUUGGAGGUACAGGCAUCCCAUUUGGUGAGAGCAACGGCAACGAUGUUCAUGUCUGCAAUGUGAAGUAUAAGAGAUGGGCCUUACUCAGCUGUCGGGGGAAGAAACCCAGUCGUAUAUAUGGACAGGCUAUGGCUAUCAUCAAUGGUUCCCUUUAUGUCUUUGGCGGGACAACUGGCUACAUCUACAGCACAGACCUGCACAAGUUAGAUCUCAAUACCAGAGAGUGGACACAACUGAAACCAAACAACCUGUCCUGUGAUCUGCCAGAGGAGAGAUACAGACAUGAAAUUGCUCAUGAUGGGCAAAGGAUUUACAUCUUGGGAGGAGGUACUUCCUGGACAGCUUAUUCCUUAAACAAGAUCCAUGCUUACAAUCUUGAAACAAAUGCAUGGGAGGAGAUUGCAACAAAACCUCAUGAAAAAAUAGGUUUUCCUGCAGCCCGAAGAUGUCACAGCUGUGUUCAAAUAAAAAAUGAUGUGUUUAUCUGUGGGGGCUAUAAUGGAGAAGUGAUCCUGGGAGACAUCUGGAAGCUGAAUCUGCAGACUUUUCAGUGGGUGAAGCUCCCUGCUGCCAUGCCAGAGCCAGUUUAUUUUCACUGUGCAGCUGUCACACCAGCUGGUUGCAUGUACAUUCAUGGAGGAGUGGUGAACAUCCACGAAAACAAACGGACUGGGUCAUUGUUUAAGAUCUGGCUGGUGGUACCUAGCCUGCUGGAACUGGCAUGGGAGAAGCUGCUCGCGGCCUUCCCCAACCUAGCAAACCUCUCCCGAACACAGCUUCUGCACCUUGGACUAACACAGGGACUCAUCGAGCGCUUGAAAUGAGGAUUUCUGGACUGUUCAUUGAUACUGGAAAUGUUAAUUUAAAGACUCCUUUAUUUAUGGGCAGUGUAGAGUGUGCUACAAAGAGGAUUGGUUACCCUGAUCAAGGCCUUAUUCAGAAAAUACAUCAGAUGCCUUUCUGUAAAUGAUUUUAAGUUUAUGGACAUCUCACUCCCAUGUGCUUGCUUCUUUGCUUCUCUCCCUCCUCCCAAUAGACCCCACAUUCACAUACUCCCUUUUUCUUGAGGGGGUUGAGGGAGUAUCUGAAAGUACCUUAAUAAUGUUAGGAAUCAAGAGAGAGAAGUUUCUUAAAAGAAAUUCUGAACAUAAUGGCACAUCAGCCGAUACACCACAAAUUAAAGCAUCAUCGGUAACAAAAAUAAAAAACAAAAAGCCAGCAGCAGGAACAGCAGCUAGUAAUUUGGGAGAUAGAUGAGAAGACAAGCUUGAGAGUCUUGCAGGUUGUGCUUAAACCUGGAUGUUGAGUUGCUGCUUCUAAGACAUGUCUGAGCAGCUGGAUUUAGCAGCAGCAGUGGUUGAUGUCUUGUGCAUAGGUACCUAAACUUGAAGGAAAUUAGGCAGCUCAGCAACUUUUGAUUAUUGAGCUUUCCCCUUCCACCUUGUGGAGCCAGCAGUGUUCUAAUUGGCUUGUCAGGAUUUAAUGUGUAUGCCAUGGUUGUGUUCUGUUGUUGCCGUCAAGGUUCUUUCUGGGCGGUUUUUUUAAUUCCCCUUACUAAUGGCUUUAAAUAUCUCUUUGACUUCUUGGGGAAUUGUAGGUCCUAAAUAUAUGGUGUAAAUGUCAAGGGACAGGAGAGUAGGGCAGAACACCUGCACCCUUUGGACUUGUUAACCCAGCUUCUGUUUGGGGUGGUGGGCGCUGACUAUCAUAUCAACCUUUUCCUUUUCAGCACUUCUUUCUCAUCUCUAGACCAUGUUCCUGCCAUUUUCUCAGGCAGCUGGUUCUCAUUUCCUCCCGAGCUUGUUGUCUCCUUUUCCGUCUGCUUCAGUGUACAUAAUGCUAUAGUUGUCUAGUAAUUUAGAUAAAAGGUCUUAAGGGAAAAACCACAGGUUAUCCUUCCUCAGAAACUGAGUAUCAUUUGAAAACUAGCAGGAGAAAGGAAUUAACAGGAUCGUUUGCUUUUUUUUUGGUUAGAGAUUUUAGUUCUGGUUGGUUUUGUUAAUUUGAAAAAAGAAAAAUGACCUAUGUUUUCACCUGCUUUGCCAUCUGGCUGCUUGAGAAAUCGAGUGAGUCCCUUACCUUGAACAUUUGGACAUCCAUAAUGUAUUCAAGGUGCUGGAGGCAAGUGGGAGGGCAGUGCUGAACCUCCUGCAGUCCCCCUACUAGAGGAGACUCAUACAAGAGAUUUGGAACACAUUUUUACUUAAAGUGCCUCUUUUUCAUCUAACUUUUAAAGUUCCUAUUCUUUCUUUUAGCCUAGAAGGGAUCUCUUAAGCUUGUGUGAAUUUAAAGUCACUUUUGUGUUAUACCCAAAACGUUAGCGCUUUGUGUUCAGUCCUGGAGAAGAGCCUCUUGAUUUUGGACUCCCUGCCUUUAGGCCUUAUUAUGUUCCAUCCAUGUUGGGUUACGUUAAUGGAGCCUGUGUUCUGCAGUCUUGUAAGAAGCACUUACCUGUGAGUGUGGGUCAUUUCUGAGGAGGAAAGGCCCCAUUCCCCCAAAUCUUGCCAUUCCCAAUCUGUGUGGCAUGUCACCUCUUGCCACCCACUGCUAGGUCUGCUCUUCAGAGGAGCCCUCUCCAGAGCAAGUCAAUCUGAGCUGCUUUAUGAGUUCAAAACUGUGUGAUUCCAGCCAGGUCUCUUAACUGUGGUGAAAAUAUAUCCCAAACUAAAUAAGCCAUGUUUUCUAGGAUGACAGAAGCAUUUGUCCUUGGUUUUUAUAGGGACCAAAGACUGAAUGCUCAGCCUCUAUGCUUUGACUUCAUGGUCCUUGGAAUAUAAGCUGUAGAAAGAGGGUUUGAUUCAAGCCACACUUGCUAGCAUUCUUUCUAAGCCUUUUGAGGGCAGUCUUCUUUGAGGUAGGUGUUGGAGACCUCAGAUCAAAGACUUAUGUGUCUUACAAGUACAUGUCUUUGGCCUAAAGUGACCUCUUUUAAUAAUAACACUAUAUGACUAGCUGUGAGUACCGUAGAGCCACUCGUGCACAUGUUCUGGAUGCCAAAUAAGACUGUAUAUGAUGACUUAUAUGAAGAUGACUGGACUUUAUAAAAGGGUCACCAGGCAUUUUAGUAUAUCUAUAACCAGCACUUAGAAUUCCUGAUACUAUCACCUGGUGGAGAGAUUAUGAUGCCACCUCUGCCUCUUUGUGGUAUACCUAGUCAUCUUCCUGCAGUCCUGGAAAUCAGAGUGCAAUAUGUAGAAACAUGGAUAGAUACAGACUAUGUGGAGGUCUGCCUAUAAAGCAGCUACACUACUGCCUUGGAGAAGUCAGCUUACUACUUUAAAGUAAAAUUAUGCCAAGAAUUUUCAAUGUGAUCAUAAGCCAACUCUUGGUAAAGCUGGAUUUUCAAGUCCAUGUUUUCUUAUUCUAGUUCUUACUGUUCUUGGGUUUGUAGUGUUGAGACUUGAGUCUUGUUUGUUCUAUCUCCUGUUUGCAUGUCUUGCCCAAGAACAGGAAGUCUACCUGAAAGGUGUUGCCUAAGUGGAGAAUUAAAACCUAAUAUUGCUAACAGUUCUCCCAUGUAUACACUAAUUUAAUCUGGGAAUGUAAUACCUUAUUAAGUGAUGCUUUCUUAAUAAAGUAUUUUCCUCAUCCCAGAAAAACUAUAAACCAAUAUAUAAUAGAUUGAAAUUUUAACUAUUUUGGGGGGGCCAAGCAAAACCCUUUCCACUGGCAGAAAUUUUCUUUCAAGGCCUAAUAAUUUCACAUGAAAAUUUGCUCAAUACCCUUCAUGCCUAUCACAUAGAUUUAAAAGAUAAAUAUAAUGAAAAUAUUAACAUUUCUAGGUAAAGGUAUAACCGUGACCUUUGGUUACCCAGAGUAGCAAGAGUAAAGCACAGAUAAUUAAAAUCCAUAGAUAAUCAAUGUUUCAACUUUUCUGUUAAACAGUUGAUUCAGUUACAUGUCUUUUCCCUCCCUCUCCCUCUCCCACAAACACCUCCCUUUCAAAGGACAAGUACAUAGGAAAGGAAAAGCAGCUCAAAGAGGGGCUAGCAACCAGCACCCACAUAAGUGGUCCUAGUUAGCUUUAUCCAUGUUGACCACUGACAUGGGAAACCACAGGUUAGAUGUUCCUAAGGUUAGAUGUUACCCUCGAGCAUGGUCUCCUGCCCUGAGUUCUAGGCUGCCUCCUGAACCAAAGAACUCUGUAGUACCUGUGGGAAGAAAAUGCUGUGUAUGGCAGAAACAGGAAAUCUGAUCAUUUGAACACAUUUCUUUGGCUCAUGACAAAUCCUUGCUCUUUUGUUUUUCUUUGGAGGUACCUUCUCCAGUCCAGCAGCUUGGUGUAUAGGAAGGUUGGACUGUCCUUCUCCAGCUAGGUUGGUCUUUAUCUCCAGUAAAAAGCAGUUGGGUUUUAUGUGGUUUUACUGAAGCUUAGAAAAUGGCCUAGGUUACGAGCUGUCUGCCUGCCAGCGUUCUGAUGUAGCACAAAAAGCCAUCUCCUUUUUGUUCUCUUUUUCUGGCGUUGAACUCCAGGGUGAAUGAGGGUUUAUUGUCUUAUGAUUAUGCGUUCCAAGAACUGGUUCCCGUAGAUGUAAAUUGCGUUGGUUCCCCCAAGUACCUUGGAACUCUAGAAGUGUUGGCAGAGCCUAAGGUAGGCUUGGUAUAGAGUUCUGGAACCUCUAUGUGUUGCCACCAGGUCAUGCCCAAUGAUAACAUUUCCCUUCUAAGGUUGUGAAAUUUGGGGGAAAAAAAGAAAAAAAGAAAAAAAAAAGAAAAAAAAAAAGACCUCUCCCCUUGUCUGGUGUUAUAAACAGAAGUUCUGAGUUGUGCUUCAAAAGUAGUAUCAUCUUUGGUGUAAUUUUCAUGUUGUUAAUUUCUUAAAACUUUUGAGAAGUUUUUAAAGGUCCUGCUUAUCCUGUACAGGAGGAGUCAGAGGCAGUUUUCAUAAAAAAGGCAAUCUCAGUCAGUAGUAGGAAUUGCUGUUGUGCUAGUCACACGUCAAGAAUACAGAGGAGGCAGCAGAAAGCACACUGACUCUCUUUACAGAGUCUGCACAGGGAGUGCUGGCAUCUCCCUGAAAGGCACCUGCCAGUGACCA